AUGUCGAGCCGAAAGAGUGGUUAUUCAUUUAAAUGCAUUGUGAAAUCGUGCGGAGAACUGAAAAUUCAAAAAGAAUCUGUUAGUUUUUUUUCUUUUCCCAAAGAUCCUGCUCGAUGUAAAAUUUGGUUAGAGCGAUGUCAACUGCCAGCUGACAUUCUACAUCAAAAAAGUAUUAAAUUAUGUGGAAAACAUUUUGAAAAAAAUAUGUUUCUUAAUUUUUUGGAGAACAGGUUAAAACCAGAUGCUAUACCUACACUAUUUCCAGAUGAAAGAGAUGGUUGUUAUGUUAGUACAUCUUUGGAGUUAUCAUCUAGUGACAAAAGCGGAAUCUGUAUCACUUUAACUAAAAAUGCGUCUUGUGGCUCAAAUAGUCCAUUAAAAAUAAUUGAUGAUAAGGGUAAAUAUACUACUGAAACGUGUAGUAGCAAUGAAGUAUUGGCUCUUCCAUUACCUGGUUCACCUGAAGUACAUGAUAGCAUCGAUUACAGUAUUUCUUCUGGGACAUCGUCAACAUUUUCAAGUGAAAGAUCUAGAUGUUUAGAUUCUCCUUUAGAUUUCAUAAGUCCUAGUUCUUCAAAAGGUUGUCAAACUCUUAAAGCUUGGUCUGAAAAAACACCUAGAAAAGUUUUGUUACGGCAACAAUUGAAGAUUGAGAAAGAAGCUCGUCUUAAAGCUGAAAAAACAAUUCUGGGCUUGAGCAAUCAGUUAACUGAAUUUAAUACUGUUGACAACUUUCUCUCACUUAUUGAUGAUGAACUUACUGAUAACAAAUAUAUUAUACAAUUUUAUAAUGAGGAUAGCAAACUUAAUUUAAGAUUAGCACCUAAGCUUACUCAUGCUCACAUAAAUCCAGGACCAUUUGAAAAAAUGCGAGUCUAUUUGGCAGCCCAAAUUUUUAGUGAAUCAGUAGCUGCUGGAAUGAACACUCACUUAGAAUUGGGUAAAUUACCGUUGGAAUCAAAAUGUACAAUUGAUGUUAUUGAUAAAAUGGAUAAACUAUUUGACAUUUUUAAUUCGAGUAAAGUCCCAAAUAGUAAAUCCUUUAGAAGACCUUUUAAAAAUACUUCGAUUCAAAUAGAACAUCUUUCUAUGAUGCUUUUGUUUUUUAAAAAAAUAAAAGUUAUUACUAAGAUAAACUGUACAGACGUGACUAGUAAGAUGAAUUUUAUAAACGGUUGGCUGAUAUCCAUUAAUGGAUUGUUGAAGUUGUGGGUUUCAUUACAUGAAUCAACUACACACCCUAGUGAUUAUGUGUUAUAUACCAACCGUUUAAACCAAGAUAUCUUAGAAAAUUUAUUCGGUAUGUUUCGCAAUAAGAAUGGAAACAAUCGAAAUCCCACCCCUGUACAAUUUUACAUGGCUUUUCGGAAUUUAUUUUGUUUAAACUAUUUUCAACAUUCACCAAAUGCUAACUGUAUUAAAGACCUUGAUGACAUUUUGUGUCAUAUGAAUCCUCAGGAAUUUGGGUCUACCAAUGUUAUGUUGCCAGAACCUUCAUUAAGUGGUACAUAUUUUAAUUUCAAAAUUGGUACUGUUGACUAUAGAUUCUUAAAUUUACCUGAAAAAAAUGCCUUACAUUAUGUUUGUGGUUAUCUGUAUAGCAAGUGUUUAAGUCAACAUACCUGUGAUUUAUGUGUAGAGUAUGGUAGGUACCAAAACAAUUUAGACCAAGCAUUUUUACUAUGCUAUUUUAAAGCAUAUACUAAUACUGCACAGACAACUUAUGGUAACCUUCAGAUGCCCAAUAAUGAUUUUUACCAAUUUAUUUUUGAACUUGAAAAUAUAUUUAUUCAACGAUUUCCUUUGCUUGCCGUUGCUAAAGGAGUAGCUUCUAAUUUAAAUGAAUUUUUAUGUAAUGUACCUUUUAAGCACCCAUGUCCACAUUUUGAUUAUGUUUAUUUAAUUAAGUUAUUUGUAAGAUUUAGAAUAUUUUCCUCUGUUAAAUAUCUAAAUAGAGAUUUAGUUUCAGAACGUCAGUUUAAAAAUAGAAAACUAACAAUACUAAAACACUUAUAA